AUGAGUCCGCACGUUGGCCUAGUUGUUGAGGGUACAGCUCAUGUGAAAGGCAAGGCUUGCGGCACACUCAUCGCAAGUGACUUAGAGCUCAGCUUCUGGGGUGGAGUCAAUCCUCAGACAGGAGAGAUUAUUGACCGUCAUCACGAUUUGAGUGGCUACCAUCUCCAGGAUACUGUCCUUGCUAUCCCCAGUGGUCGUGGUUCAUGCUCUGGAAGUGGUGUCAUGUUGGAACUUCUCCUGAACAAGAAAGGACCAAGAGCAAUCCUUUUUGAAAGACAGGAGGAUAUUCUCACUCUCGGGGUGUUGGUCUCGGAGGAGAUUUUUGGGAAGACCAUACCGGUUGUCGUAUUGAAACCGAAGGAUUUUCGGGCAAUGUUGAGAAUGAAAGGGAAUGCUAUCUACGUCGACUCCCACCGCGUUUCCGAUAGAGUCUUCAGUGACACACGAACAGAGCUCCAAAAAGAGCCAAACGGAGGCUCUUUUGCUGAGGAUGUGCAGCUCUCGAAUUUCGACAAAGAACUGCUUCAAGGACUCCACGGGGAGGCCUCUCGUAUCGCAAUUCGGAUUGUUUUGCGGAUGGCAGGCCUCCUAGGAGCCCACGAACUGAUGAAUGUGACUCAAGUUCAUGUGGAUGGCUGUGUUUAUACAGGCUCCGGGUCUCUUCAGUUUGCAGAGAAGCUCCGGGACUGGGGAGGGAAGGUCCGAGUUCCUACCACGCUCAAUUCCAUCUCGAUCGAUCAAGAGCGAUGGCGUGAUCAAGGUGUCGAUUCUUCAUUUGGGGAAGCGGCCGCAAAAUUAGCGAAGGCAUACACCGACAUGGGCUCUAAGCCAACCUUUACCUGCGCGCCAUAUCAGCUGCAAUCAGCACCAAGAAAAGGGGAGCAAGUCGCUUGGGCAGAAUCUAAUGCAGUUGUCUAUGCCAAUAGCGUACUUGGGGCUAGGACCAUGAAGUAUCCCGAUUAUCUGGAUAUAUGCAUUGCCCUUACUGGGCGCGCUCCUAAGGCAGGACCGCAUGUUGACAUCAACAGAAUGGCGUCACUCAUCGUGACAGUUGAUCUCCAGGAUGUGGAGGGUAUUGACGAUUCCUUUUUCCCUAUAUUGGGAUACCACGUCGGAAGCAUUGCUGCAAAUCGCAUUCCCGUGGUUAUUGGACUACAGAAUUUGGCGCCAUCCAAAGAUGAUUUGAAAGCCUUUGGGGCUGCGUUUGCAACCGUUUCUAGCGCGCCCAUGUUUCAUAUGCUGGGUGUCACCCCCGAGGCAGCCUUGCUCAGCAAUAUCAUGGACGAAACACACCAGGUGCCGUCCGUCGCCGUUAGAAUGGAAGAUCUGAUUGAGCCCUGGCAGAAGCUCAACAGUGCACAUGAGCAUCAGUCCAUCGAUCUCGUCUCCCUGGGGAACCCGCAUUUCUCAAUAAAAGAAAUCAAGACAUUGGCUCUCCUUUGUGAAGGCCUUGCUAAAUCACAAGAUGUUUCCAUCGUGGUGACAUGUGGGCGGUCUUCCUAUAGCUUAGCCAGCCAAGCGGGUUGGGUUGAACAAUUGGAGAACUUUGGCGUCGAAUUCAUUACAGACACUUGCUGGUGUAUGAUCACGAAACCAACGAUCCUGACAACUGAGAAUGCCAUCAUGACUAAUUCUGGGAAAUAUGCUCAUUAUGGACCUGGUCUGACAGGACGAAAGUUUUUCUUUGGAAGUCUCAUGCAAUGUGUCGAAGCGGCAUGUCGAGGCACCUAUGCAAAAGAAAUGCCACAAUGGCUGCUCAAUACCAGUGGACGAUGA